AUGAUAAAAUGGUUUUGCAUUCUCAUCUUUAUUGAAAAUUUCGAAGAAAUAGAAGAAGAAAUUAAUAAAAAGAAGAUUUACUUUGGAUCCACAGUGAGAAUAGAACAUUAAAGCUCAGAAUAUUUUCUCCAUUCUCAUUUGGUGUCUUAUGGAAGUGGAUCAGGAUAAUAAUCAGUCACUGGAAUGUAGGCUGAUCAUGAUUACAACAGUUUAUGGACUAUCAAAGAGUGUCACAAUCAACCACUCAAAAAAUAUGAUGAUCAAAUCAAAUGUGGAGAUUGCAUUAGACUAGAGCAUAUGCUAACAAAUAGAAAUUUACAUUCUCAUCCUCAUUAAGCUCCGUUUACUGGUAACCAAGAAGUUUCUGCUUAUGGAGAUAAUGGUAAUGGAGAUGCAAGUGAUGAUUGGAUAGUGGAAUGUGCAGACAAUAAGAAUGGAGAUCCUUUUCAAGCAUCAAUGUGGUUCUAUUUGAAACACAAAUUAACAUCAAAAUACUUAAGGAGUAAUAAAAAGGAUAAUUUCAAUCAAAGAAAUUGUGGAUAUCAUUGUCCAAUCGAAGGUUAACUUGAAAUUAGUGCUUAAUCUACCAAAAAUGCAGAUGCAAAAUGGAAAAUAUAUUCAGGAUUAUUCUAUCAAUAACCAUAAUAAAUAGAUGAUGAUUAUGAUUAAGAUGGUAGACAUUGCAACACUUACGGUUAAUGUGAUGACAUUGAUGAUGAUGAAUUUGAGACUGUUAUAUAAAAAGACUUGUGAUUUAUAUUAUUAUAAAUAUAUGUAUAAUAUAAUCAUACAUUAAUAUAUUUGAUAAA